ACGGGAGCUGCGCGAGGUCGCGCACGCGCGGGCAGGAAGAUGGCGGCGCCCGUGGCCGUGUGUCAUGUCGCCUGCUGCGCCAACCGGGCGGGUGGCGGGGCCGUGUCCUGGGGGCGGGCAGGGCUCGUCGCCUUCGGCAGCUGCCGCGACGUCGUCCUCUACGAGCCAGCGGUGCGACGGGUGGCCGGGGCGCUCCGCGGCCACGCCGGGCGGGUGAACUGCGUGCGCUGGGUUCGGCGGCGCCGUGGCGCUUCUGAAACAGAGUUAGUUUCUGGUGGAUCUGAUAAACAAGUCAUUAUUUGGGAAUGGAAUGGAACAGGAACAUGGAACAAAGAGCAUGUGAAAAGCAUUCCUCUAAAAGGCCAUACUGAAGCCGUUUGUGCUGUGGAUGCCGUCUACCAAUCAAAUGAACCUGAUUUAAAUCUGCUGAUAGCUUCUGCUGCUUCUGACUCUACUGUGAGAAUCUGGUCCCGGAAUGGUUCUGAAGCUAAAUGCAUUGAAAUUCUGCAGUUUGGAAAUGGAUUUGUUAUGGAUGUCUGCUUAUCCUUCUUGCCUGGCAGCAAUGUACCCAUACUGGCUUGUGGUGGUGAUGACUGCAAAAUAUAUUUGUUUGUACAGCACAAUUGCCAGUUUCAGAAAACCUUAAUACUCCCUGGCCAUGAAGAUUGGAUAAGAGGCGUUGAAUGGGCAGUCUGUGGUGAAGACCUGUUCUUAGCAAGCUGUGCUCAGGAUUGUUUGAUAAGAAUUUGGAAAGUGUGUACAAAAUCAAAGCAACUUGCAGAAACUGAAGACAACUCUAUAAGACUCAAAGAGAACGUUUUUACUGUCAAAGAUGCUGAUACAACGUAUGCAGUUACUCUGGAGUCUGUGUUGGCUGGUCAUGAAAACUGGGUGUAUGCAGUCCACUGGCAACCUUCAUUUUGCAAAGGUGGCAGCAUGCAACAGCCUAUGAGGAUAUUGUCUGCAUCAAUGGACAAAACUGUGAUCAUCUGGGAGCCUGAUAAGGAAUCUGGAGUCUGGCUAGAGCAGGUGCGGGUAGGUGAAGUGGGUGGCAAUACCCUUGGAUUUUUUGAUGGCCAGUUUAGUCCAGAUGGUUCAAUGAUCAUUGCUCAUGCUUUUCAUGGAGCCCUACAUCUUUGGAAACAGGCUGCAGUGAAUAAGAAAGAGUGGACUCCAGAAGUGGUGAUUUCAGGACAUUUUAACAGUGUAGAAGAUGUGAAGUGGGACCCAGAAGGAGAGUUUGUUAUCAGUGUUGGUUCUGAUCAAACAACUAGACUCUUUGCUCCGUGGAAGAGAAAACAAGAGACAGAGGUAACCUGGCAUGAAAUUGCAAGGCCUCAAGUCCAUGGGUAUGACAUGCGCUGCCUGGCGAUGAUCGGCCGCUUUCAGUUCGUGUCGGGAGCAGAUGAAAAAGUGCUUCGAGUUUUCUGUGCUCCCAGGAAUUUCAUAGAAAAUUUCAGUAACAUCACUGGUGUUCCGAUGGAGAAGCUAUGCUCUCAUCAAUCAUCUGAUCUUCCAGAAGGUGCAACUGUGCCAGCUUUGGGAUUAUCCAAUAAAGCUGUUUUUGAAGGAGAUAUGUCUCUUCAACCAGCUGUGGAUGAAGAAAGUUUUAAUACCAUUUCAAAUCAGUAUCCUGAGAUUUAUUUUCAGCCCUUGAUCCUUACAGAACCUCCCCCGGAGGAUCACUUGCUGCAGAAUACCUUGUGGCCUGAAAUUCAGAAGUUGUAUGGACAUGGAUAUGAAAUUUUUUGUGUUGCUUGCAAUAAUUCAAACACUGUAAUUGCUUCAGCGUGUAAGGCUUCCAAAAAAGAACAUGCAGCAAUUAUUUUGUGGAGCACUACUUCUUGGAAGAAACUGCAGAGUUUGCUGUUUCACAAUCUGACUGUUACUCAGCUGGCAUUUUCUCCUAAUGAAGAAUUUUUAUUAGCAGUUUCUAGAGACAGGAAUUGGUCACUGUGGAGGAAACAAGACUCGUCAGGGUCAGGGCCAGUUUUCAGUUGCUGUGCACACACGGACAAAAAUACAGCUGUUCACAGUCGAAUCAUUUGGACUUGUGAUUGGACACCAGAUAGCAAGUACUUUAUUACUGGCAGUCGGGACAAAAAGGUCAUUAUCUGGGGCCAGUGCAAUUUAUCUGUCAGUGCUGAAGAGAAUAUGUUGGAUUCAAUCAAGCCUUGUUCAACGGUACUGGAUGUGGGAGAUUCUGUUACUGCUGUUGGUGUCAGCCGAUUACUUACUGCUGAUGGAAGAUACAUUAUUGCAGUAGGCUUAGAGAGUGGGAAGAUUAUCUUGUACACGUGGAAACAGAGUGGGCAAGAGCCAAGACAAGCUGAUUGGACCACAUGUGUAGAGAUGGACGACAGCCAAAGUCAUGCUCUUGCUGUGAAACGUUUAUGUUGGAGACAUCAUGCGGGCAGGGCUGGGCAUAACGAUCCAAACAGCAGCGAGUGGUUGCAGCUUGCAAGUUGUGGAGCUGAUCACUGUGUUAAGAUAUUCAAUGUCAACAGAUCUGCUCUUUAGCAGGCAGCAGGCCUGUCUGUAUGAGACAGAUAGAUUCACAACAUUUUAUGUCAGCUUUUAGCCAUUUUUUGGUGGUUGAAUUUUCUCUGUUCUGUUGUGAAAAGUGAAACAUCUGACAUUUAACUUAUUAAAGCAAUUUUGGUGGCAAUUUGAAAUGUCAAAUAUUUUUGUAAUUCUGCAGUUCCAGGAAUACAGUUUUUUAUAUGUUUUGGUUGGGGAAUAUCCUGGAACUGAGGGAUGGGAUAAGACAGUUUUGCUUGCUGUGACUCAGAGGCUGAACAGGAAGCUGUCAGUACCUGAGUUCUUCAGUGCUUGGGAUUGUGAGUGGAGUGCUGAGGUGAACUCUUUAUUCCUAAAUUGGCCUCUCGAUUGACCUGCCAGUGCCAACGGUGUGACUUUAAGCACAUGCAGUUAACCAGAGAUGAGAGUUAAUUAUACAGCUUUCCCUAAUUGCCUUCUGAAUGUGUAUUACAGCCUUGGUCCAUGUCCUUAGACUGCCUUCAUUUAGUAGUUUGUGUCCCUGUGGUUGGACUGGCCUGCUUGUUUGUUUUUCUGUUGGUAUGUCUCUUUCUUCUGCUGUGCAGAGUGCUGAACUCCUGCCUUUUGGUCAAUCAGAGCUUGAAGUCUAACUUACAGACCACGUAAGUUCUCUGGUGUCUACUCAUGAGUACAUGAGCCCUUUCUGAGCAGACUGCUAUGGAAGAGCCACCUUGUAUCCUGCUUGAGAGCUAUCUUCUACAGUUAAGGCUGGGAAAGCUUACAAAUAGCAAUCGGCAGAAGCUGAGAGGUGGCAGCUGUUCCGUAUACUGGACACUUGCUAAAUUUUGAGUGCUCUUUGUCCUGAUGAUGAUUUGAACCAGUUAACAUGUUUGUCUUACUGUCUUGUAAUUGAAAUAGAACAAUAAUAGACCUCAGCAGCUCUGUCUCCAAUUCCAAAGUCAGUUUGAAACCAGUUAAACUUUGAGAGUGAAAUUAUUUUUAUUCUAGAACCAUUUUCUACCUGAAUUGGUAAUGCAGAAAUAAUUGGAAUUGUACUGAAAUGUUUAUUGUCUUGUAUCUUUAGGUAGAGUACAGUUCUUUUGGAGUGAGCCAAACUCUUUUCAGAAUAAUUAUUUGGUUUAAUUGGGUUUGUAUUUUAGCUUUUUAUUUUCAGUUCUGUUUUUCUAUUCUUAAAAUGGCUGAGGGGAAUAAAAACCUGACUUCUUAACAGAGAA